AUGAUUCAUCGUUUCCGUGUAGAUACCUGGAUUUGGGCAUUUUUCUUUGUGGCAUUUGCAACGGCGCAGGAGCCCAGCUGUCCUCACGGUCUCAGUGCCAAUGACAUUGCCGCCAGAUCGGAACUUGACUUGACGGGAAAUACUGCCUUGAUUACGGGAGGCAGGAGCGGACUUGGAUAUGCGAUAGCAGAGGCACUGGUUCAACAAAACUGCACCGUCGUGAUUGCCAGUCGAUCCGUCCCCGAAAACCAACAAGCCGUGGCUAAACUUCAGGCCCUGGGCGGCGACGUAUCCUACGCAAUUUUUGAUUUGGAAGACUUUUCCAGUGUCGAGGCAUUUGCCGCAGAACUCACUGCCAAUCAUAGUCGUUUGGAUUACUACUUUGGCAACGCGGGACAAGGAGGAUCAGGAGCACAGCCCUUGACAGUGGAUGGGUACGAACGGAUCUUCCAAGUGAACUAUGCCGCCCAGUUUCUUUUGAUCGAACGACUCCUUCCUCUCCUUCGAGCCAGUGGGGAACCGGCCAGAAUCUUGCUCACAGGGAGCAGCUCCAACUCCUUGGCAUGUGGAUCACUUGGCAUGGCAGCUGGAAACUUUCAACCCGACGUAUGUUUUGAUUCCAACAGCACCAGUGGCAACGCCAUGUCCGUGCUUCCAUUUGAUCAAACUGGGUUGGAUGCUGUCAACAGCACGUUUGACUGUCCUCCAUUGGCGGGUACGUAUCCACUCACCAAGUUCCUCAUGAUUCAAUUGGCCAAGGAAGUAAGCCGCCGCGAAGCUGAAGCUGGCAAUCCUGUCUAUGCCUUUUCAUGGGCGCCCGGUAACAUUCAAACCGAUCUGAAUCCGUGGGCAGCCUGUUGCGUGGGACCAGUCGAAUGGUUUGGACCAACCUGUCGGUAUCAACUCCCCUAUGUUGGUCCCACAGAUGACCUUGGGAAUCCCAAUCCACCGGAUCCUCCCGUUCCCAAUCAUUGGUCGUCACCGGCCCAUGGAACCAUGUCAGCCCUGCAUGCUGCACUCCAUGCUCCAGUGACGGAAGCAGGAAACUUUUAUGCCGCUUACUGGGAAUGCGAAGCCAAUAAAGGAUUCUUUCCACAGGGUAUGACAGAACAAGGACGCAUGGAACUCUACGAGAAGAGUUUGGAAUGGGUAGGGAUUACACAAGCAGAAGAACAACAGCUGGCCGCACCUGACAUGAUGGAUAUUGAGGAUGGAGCAGAGGAAGUAGAAGUGGGUGGCGGAGAGGCAACUGUGGCCAAACAAGAAGAGAACGAAGACGUUGAUAACAAGGCCUUGGAAUCUUCUUCAGACGGCGCCACCGGUGUGCCUAUCGGUGUGUCGCACUACUCUUUGGUACUCCUCCUCGCAGUAAAGCUGUUUUACUGA